AUGUUAUCAAUUUCAAUGAUAUUAGUAUGGUACUUAGACGAUGGAGAAAUCGUCGAUGAAGAAAUCGUCGAUAAAGAAAUCGUCGAUGGAGAAAUCUUCGAUGGAGGAAUCGUCGAUGGAGGAAUCGUCGAUGGAGAAAUCUUCGAUGGAGAAAUCGUCGAUGGAGGAAUCGUCGAUGGAGGAAUCGUCGAUGGAGAAAUCUUCGAUGGAGGAAUCGUCGAUGGAGGAAUCGUCGAUGGAGAAAUCUUCCAUGGAGGAAUCGUCGAUGGAGGAAUCGUCGAUGAAGAAAUCUUCGAUGAAGAAAUCGUUGAUGGAGGCGUUGUCUUUAUUAUUUCAUUUGUUUUUUGA